AUGAUUCGAUCAAUUUUCACUGGUCUACCGGCGCAUGUCGCCCGCCCGACCUCGGCGCCAAUCGCAAUCUUCAAGAACCAAUUCACCCAACCAAUAUGGCAAUACGCUAAUGCAACGCCAGCUUCCCUCCGAGCCACCCGCCCUUUCUCUAGCACAUCCCCUGUCUCGUUCACAGGCUCCUCAAUCAAGAGCUCCUCACCUUUCCGCUUCUCCUCCGACAAACAUGACGAAAUAGAGUACCCGGAGGAUGAUCCGUAUAGCGCCUACCCGCCAAAGCGACAUUGGCCCCCAGACAUGAAGAAGCUUUCGCCGAAACACCAAUUUCGCCUAGAGCGCAAGUACCGUCGGCGCGCGGCGCUGAAGUAUGCGCGGCCCAAGUUUAUGAAGUUCCUCACAAUUGCUCAGUGGGGUGUUAUUGGAUUUGUCGUUGUUUAUGCAGUCCUUCUCAUGGAAUGGGACACCAAGGAUACACCGUUUGACGGGCUCCGAGAAAAGUUCUUCGCUGGAUUGCGUUCGAUAUUCUCAACGCCUCCGCCUCCAGGUCCCCUGAAAAGCGCCAAUAAAGAUGGUCCGGUUUCCCAAGAGAAGUAG